AAGACACAUUAACUCACACCCCACACAUCCAAAGUAAAGAGAAGAAAAAAGAAUGGCUGGCCCCUCUCAUCCAAAAACUCUCCCUUCUUCAUCUUCUACUACAACUCCAUCAUCUUCAACCUUAAACUCCGUGAAGUUCAAAACCCUAGUACAAUCCUUCAUUUUCUCCCAUUUAUACCGCAUUUUUCGCGCGCUAGCCAAGGCCAAAUCUAUCUUGUUUCAACUUGUCAAGAAUGUACAAUUAGUCCAUCUUCUUGAAUUUCCCACGAUGAAGAAGAACAAGAAGUACAAGAACAACAAACUUUUUCUUGGCUCAUUUAGGCUUCACUACAAUUGGUGUUCUUCUCAUGUAAUGCCAGUGCCAGUUCCAACUGCACUUGAGGAUUGUGCCACUGGCCAUGUUUAUUAUGACUCUACGUGGAAUUCUAUUAUUUCUACUGCUUGUGAUGAAUCAGAACUCUCUGGGUAUCUUCAAUGGCUUGAAGAGAAGGCUUGUGAGGAAAAUAAUGAAAAUAAUACAAAGAAUGGGAAUGAUAUUGAUAAGCUUGCUGAUAUGUUCAUUGCAAAUUGUCAUGAAAGGUUCNCAUUUUUAGAUAAUUAA